AUGACACAAGAUGGGCUCUGGUUGAAUACGCUUGUGCACAAGCUACGACAUCCUCUCGGCAAGAUUCGAUCCCGAGCACUGCACAAUUUACUAUUAAAGCUACGAGAAUGUCUUGUGCAGUAUCAGGAUCUUGAACCACUAGAGAAAUCGCUGAUUCCGAGUCUCCUGGCGUGUCUAGAACCACCGUUCGAGCUUGAGACGCUUCAUGUACUAGAACUGCUAGUAGAGAGCAAAUCCGAGGUCUUUCUGGCCAGUUUACAGCAUCAUGGAGCAGCACCGAAGCUUCAGCAAGCAGCACGUAAGAAUCCGGAGCUACAGGCGACGUAUGAGAAGUUAUUACGACAAAUGUACACAACCAAGCUAGUGUCAAUGGAGGAGAAGAAGAAGACCGAUGAGAUGAGCCAAGUAGAGAAUAAAAACGAGAAGAAUAUGGCUCGACAGGAGGAUCUUGGAGCGAGUCGAGUGUUGUCUACAACACGGAAAAUGCCCUCAACAAUUGAUGAGCUGGAGACUCGUGGGUGGAAAUUUGCUCACGUGAUGCUGACGUCCGUGGAUGACCAGUAUUUGUUUGAGUUUGAGGUGAAACUUUACCUUAGAACCGAGAUUCAAGAGAUUGUAACAGCAUGUGCGACGUUUAGGAAUGAAUUGUUGCGAAACUUUCCUGCUGAAGUGUUUUUACAAAGACCAGCGAUAUUGCAAUACUUAUUGCAUCUUGUCCAACAGCCGAUAUUGUCGGAAAGGUUCGAGACGACAAGUAAAACACAAAGGGACGAUGGCGAAGUCAUGAUGAUGGUAAAGGCAAUGCAAGUGUCGAUGGGUGUCAACUACUUUGACGAGAUGAUUCACUCGACGUUUUCGAGCAAACGAGGGAAUUUAACUGGAGCAGUGGCGAUGGCGAGUCUUAAAGCGAUUGAAUCAUUCUUGUAUGCACUACAGCUUACACGAAGGUUAUGUCAUGACCCGACAUAUGUAGUGUAUUCACCACAUGUCCAUGUAAAUUUGUUUGAUUCGUAUGAUUCACGACGAAUGCGGUAUCCUCCAGCUAGAGCGGAAAUUGAAGUGAAUACGAAUAGACGAGGGAGUGGUGAAUGUGGCGGUCAGUUUGAGCACUACUCGCUAAGUGGGGCAGUGUAUAGAGUAUUUAUCAGCAUAUUACCUUUGCUGCGCUCAGCAAGACACCCAAGACUUCACAUUUUGAACCUUCUCAUCGUAGCACUACCAGAUUUGCCGGAAAAAAGUUACCUGACUUCUGCGGAUACAAGCGUUCAAAAGCUGAAUAGAUUGCGUCUCGAACGCAUUUUUGAAAUUCUCAGUGGCAUCUGCCGCCCUGUAUCUCCGGAACGAGCAGGUAGCAACAUAAUGGACGAUGAGCUUGAACUCACGCACUGCAUGACAUGGAAACUAGUGGAGCUCGUCCUUAAAUUGCUUCAAUUGUAUCCAUCUUCUCAGUAUUGCGUUGAAAAAACCUCUAGCAAACCUGAUUGCAACAGUCGUAGCGGCAUAGCCGACGAUAGUGGUGCGAUAACCGUUCCUCGGGUGUUGUGGGAUGCUGUAAAGUUAUGGACUGCCAGUCCGCUUUUUUCUGAAGUGUCUUCUAUCGAGUGGAAAGAUGAGGCAGUAGUUCAGUUGCUGGCGCAGAUUGAUAGUACGAUCCCAUCUUUUGUCGACCUGAAGCAUUCAUCUCAACGAGAUGCUAAGUCCAUUCUUUGUUUUGUGGAGUUUGCGAAACUUCAUCGUGAGCAGUUGGUAAAUUUUAGCUCUUUAAAGAAGCCAGACGUUGUGACUCUAGAAGUUGCGAGGAAAGCAGUUCAGGCCAGAUGCGUGUUUAACAGCGCAGACACUGAAAUUAUCGCAGACGCUGCGCUUCAGACGGUCUGGUCAGCGUUGAGUGAAGAUGCUAAGGAUAAGACAGGGAAAAUUAUCGAAAGCGAUGUCGAGAAUAUUCAGCUUAUUCUUUCCGAUAUGGUACGUGAAAUGGGCGAGAUGGAGACACCAGCGUUACAUGAUUCAAUGGUGAUUCGUUUUUUUCGAGGAUUUGCAAAUCUUGUUGAGAAGCUAAAUGAUGGAGAUAACCGUAUAUCAGCUGAUUGUCGAGACCAAUUUGUUACAGAGGUAAUAUGUGAAUCGGAAUUUAUUGCGCUGUUGCUGUUAGCCCAUGCAAAGCAGGUUGGUAACACUGUUGAUAAGAUGAAUGAUGCAGCAUUUUGGAAGAUUUUACGAAUAACUUUGAAUCACCUUGCAAGCUUUUCGAAUGAAAAGCUAGUAGUGCUCCAGCCCGUGGUUGCUCUGCUUCAACACUUUGCGUAUCUUGAGCUGUCGGAAGAGUCGUCUCAAGAGCAGCGUUUGGCACAGUUACAACUUGCUAAAGUGUUGAAUCGAUUGGAAAUUAGUGUGUCUGAUCAUACGAGAAAAGUUUUACUUUGCCGUUAUUUGCUUCACCAGUCAUCAUAUAUUCGGAAAGCUGCUUCGUCUAAACUUAUUCGGUUGUUGUCUCGAACGAUUCCAUCGUAUGUUGGAAGUUUGUCAAAAGAUAAAGCAAUUUGUGAAGACCCGUUUGGAAGCACAACAUGCGUUGGCCAGAAUCUACAGUUUGAAGCAGCACUUAUGGAAACUCCCUUGCCUACUUUCCAUGUAGGUCAUUGUCAACCUAGCGAAAAUGAGCUAUCGUCGCAGCUCAACAAGUUGGCUCACUUGUGUAAAGUGAUAUCUAGCACGUCUUCAGCCUUUGAAAGUAUGAGAAAGGUGGCACUCAAAGAGCUGGCCAUGUUUAUUGAUCAUUUGUCAGUCGAGCUGUUCGCGCUACUUGAAGAGAUGAACAAAUUAUCGGGCCUGUUUGAUCUGCUUAGCUCCUUGUUUCGGCAAGAACAAAAUCGACGUGACUCGUCGAUGGUUCAGCAUGCCCUUAUCUUAAUCAGGACAUUACUGCUUCGAAGCCGACUGUUGCGCUUAGCCAUUCAGUACGAUAGCGACAUGAUGGAGCUGCUAAUGGCGUUGAUAUUUCAUGCAUCAGUCUUGGUUCGGGCGCAGAUGUACUAUAUUAUCCUCCUGCUCACGUGCUCUGCCGAAAAUUUUAUUCCCAGCGGGGAGCCAGCAGAAUUGUUAAGCGAUGACAAAGUCGUACUCAGUGGUGAAGCAAGAAUUCCCGAGAUGGUCAAGACAACAUUUGGAUUGUAUUCCGGUUGCUGGACGCGGUGUCUCAUUGAUACCUGCUCGCUGGAACAGCAGUGGCGAGUAAGCUGUGCAUUGUUGACCAAGCGGGCUGAUUCGUCAUGGUUGCAAGAAGUACGAGCUGUUGUCACUCAGACACCAUACGAUAGUGAUGAAGACGAUGUGAAGAACGACGCGCGCAGGAAAGCGUUUUCUAUAUUACUAGAUGCGGAGUAUGCAAUCGUUGCUCAAAAACUUCGUGAUGCACCGUCGCACGGAAAAUGUCUGAACGCGCUGUACCAUUUGAUGACGAUGUGCGAAGCUUGGCAUUUUGGACGCGACCAUUUUGUCGGUGAAUGGGAAGCAUAUUUUGAGCGGUAUUUUGCGGUACCUCCAAAAAGUGAACGAGACGAGGUGAUUAUUGGCUCGCUUGUAGCUUCUCUUAGCGUCAUGUUUUGUGUCAUGACUAGAAAUGAGCAGUUGCGAGCCCUCAUUGUGGUAAAGCGCAAGGUUUUCCCACUCCUAAAGAGAUCUCAUAGCAAGGCGUUUUCUCUUCAGGUUGCCAGGUUGUUGCUGAAUGUCAGCAAAUCCAAGGUUGGCGAUUUGUUUUUAUCGCUGGCUGCUGAUACGGACAUCGUCACGACUAUCUGCACAAAGUACUUAGCACUCUACACGACAGAGCCUGUACUGCACGGUUUAAUGCUGGAGGUACUGUUGCGAUUUGCCAGAGGCAUGGACCAGGAUACAAACACUCACUUGUCUGCACCUUCGCGUGAUAAGAUCUGUAAGCGUUUGCUGGAGAUGAUUUCGCCAUUGCUCACAGUUGUGUGUCGCCACCGUGUCCCUGGUUCUUAUUUGGAGCGUGAUGUGUUUGUUGUUGGAUCACAGUGCAUGAUAACCAUUCUUCGACUGCUUCCGCCCAAUUUUCUUCUGAGUAGCGAUUGUUACCUGGAGCACACUGAUAGUAGUAUCCUUCUCGAUUGUAGCUGGGUGUUUCGUUAUCUCUUUGACCACGUAUCGCCAAUUCGCGAGCUCGGUUUUCUCGUCAUCGAGUAUGCCUCGUCGUCAAAACCUCCAGCAACUCGAUUGCUGGAGAUGAUUUUUGGAACUUUCGCUGACGACACGGAGUCAGAUGCUGUUCGUGCAGCAGCAUGCAGUGCUUUGACGAACGAGAUUAUCCUAUAUCACGAGCGCUCUUCUGAUCAACAAGCAGCAAUGGUAGAGAUUUUCCACGGGACCACAUUUUCGGGAAGAGUUUUUCGCUUACUAACGUGCGCGUUGAAAGGUAACAAAUUGUUAGCUCGCGCGUCAAAUGCAUUUGCCCGACUUGUUCGAGUGCUUUACGUACAUCGUGAUCGUGUGGCGCCAAUUUUUGGGGAUGUGCAAAAAGAGUUGGAUGCAGCUGAAAAAGAAGUUGAGGUGUAUCAACUGUUCGUGCAGGCGCUGUCACUCCGUGAAUGGAAAUACAAGUGUGAUCGCUACUGUUCGAUUCAUAUGCAUUUGCCUAGUUGUAAUGCUACUACAUGGAGACACUCGUUGCUUCCAGCUAUUCUAGAUAUGAUGUCAGAAAUGCUGAAUCUCUUCCAGGCUAUUUGCCGUGAUACUGAUUUUAAUCAAGUAGCGUUUUUCCUCACGCAUACAACCCUGCAGUUUCAGGCGAUGGAGUUGAUACGGGAUGUUAGUGCUUCUCUUGACAGCAGUCUAUCCACGGCUACAAAGCAGAAGCAUUACAAGGUUCUUGACCUUUGCGCGGGCACACUCAGCAGCCUUUUCGUGCAAGCUUUUGAUCAGUGUGAGAAAUACAAGUCAAAGCAGCUUAGACCACCUACAACACCGCCGAGUUUUGAGACAGAACUUGUCGGCGUGGUCGUUAAGCUACUAGGUUCUCACCACCCAAUUGACUUCCGGGUAUCAUUUUCUCGGAUUGUGCCGACUAUUUCGUUUCUGAUACCCGGAUUGUUGGAGUCUUCAGAUCCUUUACUUGCCAACGCGCUUGCAUCCGUUGUGCUCGAUCUUUACCGGGAAGUUGCAGGGCCUAGACAUUUGGAUGCGAACACGACUGUUGCUGCAUCACAAGAACUUCAGAGCCGUAUAUUCCCGCUAGCAUUUAUCCGACGGGUCUCAAGUGCGCUUCAAGUUCUACUCGAGUCAAGCCUAGGUCUCCAGCAGCACAUUCAGGUAAGACGUGCCCUACCUUUCGCAAUGGCUUCUACCAAGGAGUUGUUUUCUGCAAUUCAAAUAGCUGGAGGAUUUAGCGGCAAGCGAGAUGGAAGUUCAAACGGCAGUUUAAACACAUCUGAUGCAUACGUGCUCGAUCUAUGCCGGCGCAUUCAAGCACAUAUCGAGGUCAUGAGCGCAAUUGUCGGUGGUGAUAAAGAAAGCCAGCAACUGGCAAAGGCUGAGGGACUUGUCAGCGUGCUUUUGUCAAAUUGGAGUGUCAUGAAAGUGUCUCAUGUCUGUGGGUCUCAGUUAAUGCUACGCGCUCUUCGCCUUUUAGCAAACUACACAUACGGAAACGACAACACCCGAAGAUCACUGCUGAUUUCGUUACUGCCCGCGUCUGCAAAAAUAUCUAAGAAUGAAAAUGCUCGAACGCUUUUGUCGCUAGUGUUUGACUUGGCAAGCUCCCGGGGCAAAAUGACUUCUUCUCACUGCCAAGUUGCCCGUGGUGCCACUACUGCGUCCACAGCUAAUAUCGCUGUCAGUAAUGCUGCAUGUCAAGUGGUAAAGGCAGUUCUGCUCAACACUGAAUGUGUGUUAGCAUCCGUCAAGACUGGUUCAAUCUAUAAACUGAUUCAUUCGCUUCAAGAUCGACUCAAGCGAAACAGACAAACUAGCAAAACAAAUCACCUCGAGGCUGGAAACCUUGCUCACAUGCUUGGCGUGCUCAGCAGCGUCGCUUCGAAUGAGGAAGGCGCUCGCGUGCUGUACACCAGCUGGGCUAAUAUGCUCUCCCUCCUGUUUGACGAUGUAAUGCAUUUGUCUGAUGAGGCUAUUCAGCGCAGCGGGUGUUUAUUCUUGAGGAAUCUUUCUUUCUCACAACUAGCCAAAAAUUACUUUGCCAUGUGGGAAAAGCUGCUGGACGAUAUGAUCGCUCUCUGCGUGCGCGUGACUUCAGCGCCUCAAGGUGACUUGACCAUUGUGGCGUAUCUUUCAGCAGCGCUAUGGUCACUCGUGUAUGAUAACCAAAAAGCGCGUGCGUUGUUGCUAUCAAGACAUGCGUCAUUGCAACAUCUGCAGCAAGUGUUAGGCUCUCAAAAUGCAGCUUCACAGCAAACAAAUUCACAAGACAUUACGGAAAACCUUCGCCGCGUGCUGAUGCUUGUUAAGGAGUAG